UCUGAAGCUUUUCCAUAUAUGAGCGGGAGCCGAUAUGGUGGGUGGCGGUGGUGCUGGCUGCCAUACCAGGCGGCGAUGAAGGAAGGAAACGGUCGUCUUCCUUCUAUGGCCCCUCCGUCUCGUCGCGCCACGUUGACGGCGGCGAUGCGGGCCUCGUAUGGCAGUCCAGCUCAGGGACGGCUCGCGCUCUUCACAGUCGUCGUCCUCCUCCUCGUCCUCGCCGUCCUCAUCCCUUUGGCAGCUCUCUCUUUAAUGACCUUCCUCGCUUUGCACUUCCGAAACCGGCAACCAUGUCUCAUCACCACCCACAUUCGCUUCGCUUCCCCUCCUCUCCAUGCCGCAUUCGCAGCGGCGCUGGUUCUUCUUCUUCGUCCUCCGCCACCACCGGAGAGGGAGAGAACCCAGAAACGUUCGCGUCCCUCGAACCCUAGGAGCCUAAGAGCCGCGCGAUGCGCCCGGGCAUGGAUUUCGACCUGAACGUCGUCGAGCGGGAGGGCGGUGGCGAGGAGCCGGAGCUGGCGGAAGAGGAGGAGGAGGAGGAGGAGGAGGAGGAGGAGGAGGAGGAACAGGCCGAAGUGGAGCCGCGGGAAGGAGGAGGAGGAGGGGCCGGCGGGGCUCGGAGGGGCCGCGCUUGGUCGGCGGAGGAGGACUCGAUGCUCGCCCGGCUCGUGGCUGCUUUCGGGCCGGUGAAUUGGAAUGCCAUGUCGGCGAUGAUUCCUGGUCGGACCGAGAAAUCGUGCAGGUUCCGGUGGUUUAACCACCUCGAUCCUAGCGUCAAGCACGAGCCUUUCAGCGAAGAGGAGGACCAAAUUAUCAUGAUGGCCUGUCAAAUCCAUGGUAACAAAUGGAAAUCAAUUUCAAGGAUGCUACCAGGUAGAACAGGUUAUGCAAUCAAGAAUCACUGGAAUGUCAGUUUGAAAAACAAGCAAGCGGAGCAAAGGAAUCCCGAGUUAUGUGCCAGCGACAUGGUAGCAGUUCAAAUCCUGGCGGAAAUGAAGGCAUUCACUCGAAAGGCACUGUCCAUUGGAGAUGUGGUGAUGAGCAGAAACCGAGAGGGAGGAGAUGGUGGAAAUUCUCAUGGACAUCAGAACUGUGAAGAUCAAGCAUUUCAAGCCAAAGGAGGUUUUCUUGCUGCUGAGACAAGGGAAAACCCUCCUGUCCUUCGUCCAAAGGCAAGUUAUGGCGCAUUUAGGGUUUAUUACCCUCCAAGUGGUGGUCCUGGAAAUAGUUCUGGUGCUUCGACCGUGGUGCCCCUCCAGGGACCUCUAGCACAGGCUCUUGGGUCAGAGUUUGGCGUCCACCAUUUUCUCGAAGAUGCCCAUGGGGAGCCUUUGAUUCCUCACCAAUGUGGCUAUGGUUGCUGUUCAGGCCAAAAUGGACCAAAUGGUGGAAGCUCCUUGUUGGGGCCUGAUUUCAUUGAUUACAUUGAGCCUCCCUCCUUCUCGAACCAAGAGCUGAUGUCUAUGGCAGCAAACUUGCACGAGAUUGCAUGGACUCGAAGUGACCCUGGCUUUGUCAGUACUGGGAUGCCGAGCAUGGAGAUGUGGCAGCCGACCCGCCCCAGCGAGAGAGAUUCUGCUGCAUUUGCUUCUGAAGCAUCAGGACAGGAAAAUAAGGAUGAUCCCAGUGGCAAGUUGAAGGGUGUGAUACAGUAAUGUAUCGGAUGCUGAGCCGGAUUUUGUGGUGCCAGCUCAAGUUGAAUGUUUCUGUUAAAUGCACCACUUCUUUCUUUCUUUCCUUUCUAACAUUCUGAAUGGGACAUCGCAUGAGAAUGGAGUUGAUGACUCGUGUUUUGCCUGCCUGAGAAUUGACAGCAAUAAUUUGAUGUUCCAUUGUUGAUUAUGUUGUAUUGGAUUCUUUCUUUCUGUCCGUCUAAUGCCCUUGAUUCGCUAUCUCUGUCUACAUAAUGUUUGAAUUGCAGCAUGCCAUCUUUUUCCCUUCGAUCUGUGGGGGCAAUUUCGCAACUUUUCAAAUUGCAAGUUUUCUUGACUGACGAAGUUCAUACUCUAUUGUAUGGUGGUGCUGUUUCAUCCGUGACAGCUUGAAGAUCUGAUGUACAAAGAUCCCAUGGCUGAUCAGUGUUAAAAAAAAAGAAGAAGAAAGAAAUCUCAUGAUGCGAUUUUGCUGCACUUUUUCACAAUAUCCUCUAC